AAAAGCAGGUUGUCAUGACUUCAACGUGAACGAUUAAUAUUGAGCUUCAUAUAUCAGCUAAUGGUUUAAUGAACCUCUGAGUUUAUUAAAUAUGUUAUGAGUAUAUAUUUUUAGUCGUGUUUUAUAUUCAUAGCCUUUAGUUACGUUUGAACCGUACGCUCAUUUCUCUCCGCUCUUCGGGGCUGUAACCUUGGCGUGUGCAGCUGUAGAGGAUCUCUAAUAAAACAUGUCGGGGCUGUGUCGCAGUGUGAGCUCUUCAUCAGUCAAGAUCCUGACAGAAGCUGCACUUUCACCUUGUCCUUGGUUUGUGUCAGCACGCAGCAAGUUUACCAGAGCAAGAAUCCCAGAAGAGCAUUUCGCACAGAGAUCGCAAGAACAUGAGAAAUAUGGUGGUGACCCAGACCAACCUCAUAAACUCCACAUAGUGACGCGUGUUAGAAGUGUGAAGCGAAGGCCGUACUGGGAGAAAGAGACUGUGAAACACCUGGGGCUGGAAAAAUCACAUGUUCCUGUGAUUCACAAAAAUACACCUGCUGUCAAUAACCAGCUGAAAUUUGUCAAGCACCUUGUGAGGAUCCAGCCACUGAAGACUCCCUAUGGUCUCCCUGCUGAAGAGGACAUGGCAGACACCUACAUUAACACCAAAGGAGAGCUGAUUGUACGUCGACUCCUCCAACCUGUAGAACCCAAGGCUAUUGAGUCGUAGCUCCGCUCCUAAUCCAACAAAUAAUUCAGCUGUACAUAAAUAUCAUGUAAAAUCCUGUUUUCCAUAGCAAUCACGUCUGAUUUCUUAGAUGCUGUGGCAUCAGUCAGAUGUGGAUGUUCAUGUUCUAUAUUAAAACCUCAACAUGAAUUAAAG